CUGAAAGGAAACCACUAUUUGGUAAUGGUAGAUGGGUUUUCAGGAUUUCCGUUCAUUAAACGUCUGAAAAGUCUUAAAUCGAAAGCCAUUAUCAAUGCAUUGAAAGCCUGGUUUCUGGAUUGGGGAAAUCCCAAAACAAUUAGAUCGGAUGGCGGCCCUCAAUUCCGAAGUGAAUUCGGAAUUUUUUGCGCAGAGAACUGUAUCGUUCACGAGCUAAGUUCCCCUUACAACAGCAGAUCAAACGGGACGGCCGAAGCUGCUGUUAAAAUCGCCAAGAACCUACUCAUAAAAUGCGACGGUAACUGGGAUGAAUUCACCAUGCGCUUGAGGGAAAUGAGAAACAUCCCAAGAGGAGAUGGUAACUGCCCAGCCGAAAUGUUGCUAGGUAGAAAACAACGCGGAUUUUUACCGACAAUAAUGGAAUCGUUCGAUAACCCAAUCACAGAGAAAAAAGAAAAGAAACGAAAUAUUAAAGAAGGAAGGAAAUUAAAACCGUUAUCAAUGAGUGAGAGAGUCCUGAUCCAAAACCCCAUCACGAAGAAGUGGGAUGAAUCCGGCAUUGUCUUGAGCGAAAGAAAACACG